UCUGCCGCUCUGCUCUCACCUGAUGUGCGGAGAAAUGAAAAGGAUCUUUGCAGCCUGAAGGAAGAGGACAUAACAGAUGCAGAAGAUGUGGUUAGAGCUCUAAAGCCAAUGAAGACAGCCACUCAAGUAAUGUCAGAAGAAAAGUGCCCAACUCUCUCAGUGAUAGCACCUCUGCAUGCUCAGCUGCUGAAAGAGAUGACCAGUCUCCCAGAAGACUCCAGAGUUGUUAAGGACAUGAAGGAUGAGAUCAAGAAAAACUUAAGCACAAGGUAGGCCUGUGUGUGUGUGUGUGUGUGUGUGUGUGAGUGUCUGAGUGAGUGUGUCUGUUUGUGUGUGUGAGAGUGUGAGUGAUAUGAGACUAUUUUACUGUGUAUAAAUAUAUAUAUAUAUAUAUAUAAGGACACUUCAUUAUAGAAAGACAUUGUGAAAUUUUAAUUCCAGGUAUGUAAACCAGAAGGACAUGCUGUACAUAGCUUCAGCUAUUGAUCCACGUUUCAAAGCUCUGCCAUUCCUGAAUGAGGAGGAGCGAGACAAGACCUUCUCCAGACUCCAGACUGAAGCAGUGUGUGGGAUGGAGGAAGAUCCAUGUAAUCAAGAUGAUGCUGCUGAUGAAGUUGAUGGAGUGGAGGAAGAGGUGGAACCCCAACCUCCGGCACCCAAGCAAUUCAAGCAAUCCAGUGCUUUGGAGUCUCUCCUUGGGGAAGCCUACAGACCACAACAGGAAGUAGGACCACAGAAAACUAAAGCGGCAGAGGCAGAAGACGAGAUCAAAAGGUACAGGGAAAGGAGACCUGCAGGACUGCAGGACAAUCCUCUCAUCUGGUGGCGGGAGAAUGAAAAGGAGUAUCCUCUUUUGGCUUGCAUGGCAAAGCGAUAUCUCUGUGUCCCAGGAACCAGUGUCACAUCUGAGAGGGUUUUUUCAACUGCAGGUGACAUCAUUACUGCCAAAAGAAGUUGCCUUACACCUGGGCAUGUCAAUGAGCUACUGUUCCUGCAGAAGAAUCUUUCUAUUCCUGAUCCUGAGUGAUGGUAGUUCAUACUCUGGGUUAAGACAAGUUUAAUUUCCAGUUUUAUUUUUAUUUGCACUUUAAUAGGCAAGGCCUUUUCCAGUUUUUAUUUAUUUUUGUAUCUACUAUUUUAGUUUUAAAUGACCAGUUUACACAAAUACACUUUAAAGGCAAUUUAAUGUCUUAUACCUGGAGUACUUGAAGG